GGAAUCUAUAGUCAGUUACUCUGACGAAAAAAAAAAUUUACUGGAAUAAUGCAAAGGAAUAAAAGACAAAAUAUCCGUGGACCUUUACGUGCCCUUUCGAUUGUUUUACCAAAUGUUAAUAAUAAUGCUUCAACUUUACCAAUAAAACAGAAGAGUGUAACUAAUACAGUUGAUGAGGAUAAGUCACAUUUACCAAUGCAUAAUAUCUUGUCUACACCAGUGUGCCGAGCAGUCGCUCCUAGAUUGUCACAAACAAAAACAUUUGAAACAUUUUCCGAAAUAUUACCGAUGCCUUUACGAUCAUCAUCAUGCCGGUUUGAUAAAGAAAAUCUCAGUCAUCGCAAAUCGGAUAUACGUCGUCAUUUCCCUAUUCGCAAUAGUGUCAAUAGAUUGUCACACAUAAACACUGAUGAUCUAAAGGCAUCUAAUCGUACUGUAGAUUCUCUGUUGACUCCCUCAAAUCGUUUAAACACCAGUUUAUCAUCUGUAGAUUCUAUUUUUUCAUUUGGUGAUGUAACACGUAAACGUCAAUCAAGCUCAGGUGAUAUUGAUAUAAAACCCAAACAAUCACGCUAUACUGAUAACCAAAAAUCUGUCAAGCUAAGAAACGACAAGGAUAUAAUUUGUUUGACAAUGGGAGCUGGUGUAAAAGCUCAUCCUAGAUAUUAUCUGAGAAAGAAUGCAAUUGAUGUGGAUAUCACUGAAGAUAACAUGCCUAGUUCUAAAAAGCACUUGGCUCCAAUUUGCCCUGUCCCUAUGCCAAGCGGCUUUCCUCUUCAGCUACCUGUUCGUUACUCGUCUGUUUCACUUCCUUGGGAAAUUAAAUCCGACCCAAGAAACAAUUCAUCAAGAACUGUGGAAACACAAACUUCACCUGUUCACAUUAACCAAACCUCAGAGUCCGGAAAACCUAGAGGCAGAAGACAUACAGGAAUAGGACUUCGUGGUUCUACUACUGCCCAUGUACUCCAAAAUUUAAGACGAAAAUUCAGUCAUCUGAGAAGAGCAAUCAGUGCAGAUCGACUGAACAAAAAUUCUUCAACACCAUCUGAAAUAAAAGAGUCCUGUAAACAUGAUUGUGAAUCUAUAUUGAAGAAUACAAGCUCCACUAAUUUAAAUGUGCAAGAAACUCCUGAAAACACACCCUAUAAACUCACUUGUAAAGUUGUACGGAAAAAUCCAGAUGGCUCCGUUCAGAUCUCGUUGAGACGUUCAUCAAUCAACGGACAAUUCGGAUUCUUCAUUGCGCGUGACUCUAAAGGUAUUUACGUUAGUCGGUUGGGAAAUGUUCGAUGUGCAGCCAAGCUUUGGGAUGCAUUUCAUGUUGGUGAUAGAAUUUUAGAAGUUCAAGGCCUACCAUGCACUAAUCUUGAUGUAGAAGAAAUUCGAAAUCUUAUACGUGGUUGUGAACUUGUUGAAUUUAAAGUCAAACCAAGUUGUCACAUAGAUUCUAAUUUUUCCCGCAAGCAUUCAUUGUAACUAAGUCUUUCUUCACUUUUAUUUCAUUUGUUUCAGAUAAUGUAUAUUUGCUAUUGCCUUCUAGAUAAUUUUAUAAAUAUCUUCUACCUAUUGUACAAAGAUUUUCAGAUUUUUAGCCAAGUAUAACUUUUAAUAAGAUUGUAUAGACAACUUUUUUUUAUUUGUA